GAGGUUAAAGCUAGAUCGCGGCAUGCAAAUCUUUGGUGACGCAAUGCCAGUACAGACGUCUACUCUGGAAACUUCGGCCUCUUUGUCGUCACUGAAUGAGCCACCUCUACUAUUUCCACAUUCGGGCAAAGGUACCCCAUUCAUUAUCGGAGUCGCAGGUGGUGGAAGCAGCGGUAAAAAGACCGUAUGUCAAAUGAUAAUGGACCGGCUUUUGGAGAAGGACAAGAGUGUGGGAGUAAAAGUGGUUAUCAUUAGAAUGGAGGAUUUUUAUCGGGAGCUAAAUCGGGAGGAAAUGGAGUUGGCAAAGUCCGGUGACUAUAAUUUCGAUCACCCAAAUGCAGUAGACUUUGGUUUAAUGGAAGAGUGUUUAGAGGACAUUUUGCACGGACGUCCAGUGGACAUUCCACUUUAUGAUUUUCAAAAUCACAUUCGGUUACCAGAGACAAUGCACAUUGAGCGACCGGAUGUAGUCAUCUUCUCAGGAAUCUAUAUGCUGUACAAGCGACGUGUGCGGGACGUGCUAAAUCUAAAGGUGUUUGUGGAUGUUGACAGUGACGUACGACUGGCACGACAAGUUGUGCGCGACACUGAGGAGCGCUAUCACAAACCGCUGGAGCAAGUACUACAGUAUUACGUGAAACAUGUGAAGCCCUCCUUUGAGGAUUUCAUCCUUCCGUCCAAAAAGUUUGCCGACGUCAUCAUCCCCCGUGGCCAGGAGAAUACAGUGGCCAUUGACCUCUUGACACAGCACAUUGUCGAUAUCCUGGAUGAGCGUGCAUCACAAGCGAAGCAGACGCUGGAGGCCGCAGUUGAAGUGCGAACAUCUACAACAUCAUUGGCCACACAAGUCGGGAAUGUGGACAAAUUUGGAUCUUUGCCCCAGUAGGCUAUACAGAUGGUUAAGCAAGAAGGACGUACUAUGUCAUAGAUUCAAUGCAAUUAGCCAAUUUACUAUCAAUAUGUACAGGAAGAAUACGCAAAUAAAAUUAGAAUCAGAUAGUGAUCCCGUCGUUCCCCCCAGGAUCCUCCAGCAACCGCACCUUCUUUGGUGGAGGAUUUGCGGCACUUCCAUAUAUAGCAAUCUCUUCACCCC